AUGGCAUCCUUUCUUACGGACCUGUGGACCUCCAUCUUCACUCCCGGGCCAACGCCUACUCUUCUCGUGGCCACCAAUGCAACUUUUGCUGCCCUGCAAUCUCUCCUCCUCGUACUCCUCAUCUCAACAUACAGCAUCCAUUUUCUGGUUUUAUCCUUUCUAUCCGGGGGUCUGUGGUGGGCUAUUAAUUGGUUUGCUGCAGAGCUCAGGGCCGCAAAUCAAAAGGAGGAGGAAGCACAGCGGCUGAGAGACUUACGGAGACAAAGGUCUGGAGGGAACAACGGUGCAGAUAAUGGCGAAGCGGAUGAUGAAACUGAGAACGAUACAGAAGUUGAAGCCGCUGCGAAAAAGGACACAGUCGCUGCUAAAAGUGGCUCCCGUGAAGAUACCCCACUCCCGGCCUCUACAGUAGCAGCGCCAAGUUCUGAAGGAGCUGACGAGCCUGUGCGGGUCGACCCCGGCUCUGUCUCUAGCUCAGGAUUCCUCUCGGCGUCAUUAGAUGAAGCAAAUCUCAACGCGCUCCGAAAGCGGUUCAGCAUCGGGGAUCGCUCUGGCGGCGAGUUUAGCACUGAUAGCGAGUGGGAGAAGGUGGAGGCUACAACGAAUGGAGUGCCAUAA